CUGUGUUGAAAGAUUUUAUUCAAUGUCUGUGGUAUGGCAGCUAUUUUUAGAAAACCGAGACAAGUUUCAUGCUGAAGCCGACAAGAACUACUGGAAGGCAAUUGGCGAACUCAUACCCCGUGAAGUUGCAGCUAUAGAGAAAAGAGGGAAGAAGGAUAAAGAGAAGAAGCCUUCUAUUGUGGUAAUUCAGGGUCCAAAGCCAGGGAAGCCAACUGACCUUUCAAGAAUGCGCCAGAUACUAUUGAAGCUCAAGCAUAAUCCCCCUCCACAUAUGAACGCCAAGCCACCACCAUCAUCAGAAUCCAAAAAGGAUGCCAAAACUGGGCCCCCUGAUGGUGCUAGUACAAGUAAUACUUCACCUCCCAGUGGUGCGCCAGCAGCAACUCCUGAGACUGUAACGGCAUCUUGAAAAGUUUAUGCUAGAUCAUUAAUCUAUAUGUAAAUAUGAUUUUGUCUAGUUUGUGAUGAACUGAUAGCUUAAGUUUGCGAUCGUCUAUUCAUCUUAGUCUGCUAGUCUGUCAGUAGUUUAUGUGUAAAUAUAUGUACUGGUUAUGCUUGCAUAGUGUAUCGGUAAAUAUUCUCCUCUUAGAACCUUUUAUUAUGGAUGUAUCGGUAAAUAUUAUUAUGGAUGUAUCGGUAAAUAUUCUCCUCUUAGAACCUUUUAUUAUGGAUGCUAUCUCCCGUUUGUGGCUUAACCACGUUAUGCUUGCAGUAUAUAUUGUUAAAACUCACUAUUUCUAUGUGUUUUUGAAUUAGGUAA